UUGCGCGCCGCCUCUCAGUAAGUCGUACGCUGCGCAACGGGAGCGACGGUCCUCAACGUCGUCACGCACGUCGUCCCCGCUCGCAAAUUUUUUUUCUUUUCCUUUUCAUUAAAGGCGACGUAACAGUGUCCUCGCUACCACCGCGCUAUGUGACGGAUAUCACGGGGCACCGCAGCGUGUACCCCGCCUCUAGACCACGCCACCACCGUUCCCCGUUCCGGAGUCUACCCCACGGCGGUGUACCCCCUCGCCCUUUACCGAGACCUACCCCAUCUCCCUCCUCCUCCUCAUCCUCCUCCUCUGUCUCCUCUCCCGUCUCUCCUGUCCCCCCCUCGUCCCUGCCCUUUCCCCCUAGCCCGAUCCUCGUCCACCGCCCCGUUGUGGAAAAAGAGAAAGACGGACUGUCUCGUGAACGCUCGUACGACGACGACGACUACCACGACGACGACGACGGCGACGACGGGAGCAGCCACGACGAGGUGGCCACGGAGGCCUCGUGGAGAAGCGUGCCUGAAGAAAACAUGGAGUGCCCGCACCUCGCGCAGAGCGUGCGAUUUGGCGAUGACAACGUAGAUGGAUCGGGCUGUGCUGUGAAGGAUCUGCCGUUCGUCUGCGCAGUGUGCGGCACCGAGAAGAGUCCCUGGCUCUGUCUACACUGCGGAUCCGUGCACUGCGGACGAUACGUGGCGGGCCACGCGUUGCAGCACUACGAAACCAAUACUCAGCACUGCGUGUGCAUAGACUGUGAGAGCCUGGCAGUAUUCUGUUACACCUGCGACGAAUAUGUGGUGAACGAUACCACGAGCGGGCAGAUCGAGAAGAUACGGCGCGUCACCUUUCGCAAGGACGAGCACAAGGAAAACGAUGAGAGCUGGAGCACGUCGCCGCCCACGACGCCGCCGUCCUCGAGAACGCGCGACGGCGGCGGCGACGACCACGACAACGACGAUCCGGACGCCCUGUGGAAGGCGGAGGUGGUUGUGAGGAAUUUACGGCCGAGGACGGCGCGCAAGAGGCUACACUCGCUGGACGCUAGCAGCGCGGACAAUCGGCCGGCCAAGCGUCGCAGCUCCAAGAGUACCAAAGAGAAGAAGGUCGUCGGCCUGAGGAACCUCGGUAAUACCUGCUUCAUGAACGUGGUGCUGCAGUCCUUCAACAACAUCAGCCACUUCUGCGAGUACCUCACGCAGAUGCCGUGCCUCGAGGGCAUCGCCUUUGACGAGUCCACGGGGCCACCCACGCACCGCGGCCGCGUCGUGACGCCGAGCCGCGCGAAGGAGAUGUCGAUGAGUGACGCUCUGCUCGCUGAGGAGCUGCGUAAGGUGCUGCUCGGUCUAAGCUUAGGCGGUUCCAACGGCCAGGCGAUAUCGCCCGAGUGCCUGUUCCUGGCCAUCUGGAAGGUCGUGCCGAGAUUUCGGGGCUACCAGCAGCAGGACGCCCACGAAUUUCUCACCUACAUGCUCGACCGACUGCACACCGAGCUGCUGCAGCUGCUGCCCAGGCUGGGACACGAGCCCCUAGGAUUGCGCGGCAAGCAGAGUAUUGUCACUGCCGUGUUCGGAGGCACUCUUCUUAGCGUGGUCCACUGUAUGAACUGUCGCACGGACUCGAAGACGCACGAGCCCUUCCAGGACCUCUCGCUGGACAUACCGGACAGAUUGCAGAGGAGCAGGACGAAGGAGCAGGAGGAAGUGUGCAGUUUGACUUACAGUCUGACGAGAUUCUUCAAGGUCGAGGAGCUGGCCGACAGCGAGCUCUACUUCUGCGACAACUGCAUGGGCAAGCAGAGGUCUACCAAGAGGUUCUGGAUACACAGGCUGCCUAACGUGUUGUGCCUUCACAUUAAAAGAUUUAGGUGGUGCAAUUCCUAUCGCUCGAAGGUGGACACGCAGGUGGAUUUCCCGAUGGAGUCUCUCGACAUGUCCGCGUUCACCGUGCGCGGCGUGACCGGGACGAGAUUGGGCGCUCAGAAUAGUCAUCUUUACGACUUGGCUGCCGUUAUCGUGCACCAUGGUUCUGGUGCCGGUACUGGACAUUACACUGCCUUCGCCGUGCAUGACGGCCAGUGGUUCCAUUUUAACGACAGCUCGGUGCGGCCCGCGACUACCGACGCCGUCGCUAAAUGUAAGCCUUACAUUCUGUUCUACGUGCGGAGGGAAUUCUCCAUUCCACCCCCCUUGUGACGUCGUUUCCCCGACAAGAAGCCCCGUCCCGGCAGCACGAGCCUAGAUGACGACGAAGACGACGACGGCGAUCAGGACGACGUGGAGCGCACGAAGGAGAACUGAGCGAACGUUCCUUGCGAAUCUCUCUCGAAGCGCGUGCGAAGCGACAAAAAAAACAGCCAAAACGAAACGGCGGAUAAAGAAGCAAGAGAUCGGCCGAAUCCGCGCCUCGAGCGCCUUCGAGAUCGGAAGACGAAGAUUCGUCCGCUUUAUCGCGAUAUAUUAUAUCCAUGAUUGCUCAUUGUUGCCAAAUCGUACAAUCUCGUUUAGAAGCGUAAUACGUCCGCGUUCGCUAUCGCGCCUCGACAAAGCCGCUGACGAUGCGACCUUUGAGACGCGAUUGGGAUAACCGGCCACAGACAUGAUUCCGCCGCCACGUUAAUCGCUCGAGCGCGUCCCUCCUUGCGCGCGCGCACGCUUUAUCAGAUGAUUAAAAUCGUGCGACUCUUAAAUUAGCUCGAUGCCCGUCGAAGAAAGGCCGACCGGCACAACGUGCUGAUACACGUGUCGUAUCUCAUCACAGAUUGUUCUCACGAUCUCUCUCAUCAUGUGUCUUUUACUUCCGUUGGAGACACUGUAGUCUCUUCGCUGUAAGAGUAUAAAAAGAUUUUUUUUUCUUCUAAAACUAUUUGGUUCUAUCUAUAGCCGAACAUUUAUCUCAUCAAUGUAUUGAACUGUUAAAUCGUACAUUCUUUAUCUGUUUAGAUUCCUGUCGUCUAAUUUUUUUUCUACUUACAUCAUGCUUUAUCUGAAUUCCUAUAGAUUAGGAAUUAGUCUAUUUUCUUUUCUGUAUGUAUAUAGAUAUUUGAUCUUAUUGUUUUUUUUUAUCUUAUCAAGUACAUGCAGUGCUAUGUAUAAACGUUUAUCAUCUCUAUCGAGAUGUCCUGUUUCGCGCGUGGCCGCGGAUGUUAAUUAUUCGAAGGUGUAGAGCUGGAGUUUGCAAAUUGCCAACUCGAAGAUGCGAUGAUGCGGACGGGAGAGUAAGAGAGAGAAAGAGAGAGAGAGGGGGGGAGAGAGAAAGAGCAGCGCGAUGUAUGAUUGACGUCGAGCACGCAUGCGUAUCGUGCCAAUGGACGUAGCACGUAUGCGGUCGCGUGGAGGUGCGCGAUUGUAUGCGAGGCAUGUGCCGGCGGACGGAGCUUCUCUUCCUUUCUCGGUGACGACGGGGAAGAGGGAGAGAGGAAGCUUAGAUAGAUAGGAAGAGAGAAAGAGAUAGAUGAGAGAGCGCUCGAGGUGGAUCGCGGAAACGCAUUGCCUUUAGCGUCGAUUUUCUUUACGCUCUUAACGCGGCGGCCGUCGACCGCCCUCCCCUCACCUUAUGCUCCCCCUUCCCGCCCCGCUCUCUUUCCCCCUCCCCCUCUCCAUGAUCGAAUCGAUGAAAACCCUCCGCGAUAGCGGAAUUACGUGUAAUCGUCGCGUUCCCCGUGUGUAGUCCUAAAAAAAAAAAAAAGAAAAGAAAAAGAAAAGGAUUAAGGAAAAAGAAACGCGAAAACGACUGGUCUUCUCGGUAGAUAGAUCUUUUCCUAGGCUUAGCGCACGCGGCUCCCGACGUCGGUCUGCCCGACGGGGCCGGAGCCGGAAAGCAAGUACCGUAUAGGGCCAACAGCGUUACUUCUCAAGCGACAGCCUUAUUCUCCUUCCUCCCCUCUUCCCCCCCCUCUCCGCCUCUGCUCCUCCCGCCGUCCCUCCGACGACCUGCGUCUUCUCCUCCGUCCCUUCGUCGUGCAUGCGUCCAUGUAUAACUUUUACGCGCACACAUACACGACAUAUGCUAUACACUUCAUACACGUAUGCGUUUUACACACAUACACACGCACAUGCAUGAAUGUAUGCAUACUCACGUAUCGCGGAUUCUACCCUCCCUCUCUCUCUCUCUCUCUCUCCCUUCCGCUCCCCCUCCCCCGCUCCUCUCCCUUUGUCCCUUCACGAAAGGCUCUCGACGACUCUUAUGUGAUUAUUUAAAGACUUAUUUUUUCUAUAAUGAUAACGAUAAUAAUGAUAAUAAGUUAAUGCGUAGCGAAGAAAACGUUUUAUUAAGGCGAUAAACUGCGAUAAUUGCGCAUCUACGGCAAAGACUCUUACUCGUGUAUAAACAUGACGUGCGGAAGUAAACCGUUUAACAUAACACGCAUACACACAUUUAUACACAUACAAACACACACAAACACACAUAUACACCUAACAAAUAUUAUUGAGAACAAGUGAAAUAUGUACGAACGGCGAAUAAAUAAAGAACAAUGAAUCGAC